AGCAGUUAAGAUGAUCAAAUCUCGAUGGUUACCAUAGCAUCCGCGAUGGGAAACCAAGACCGAUUGGCUUCAACCCAGACAGAUAGAGGAGAGUGGCGGUACGGAGAGCCAAUGGCCGGCUCAUUCAAGCGAAGCGGGGUUGGUAGGGAUUGGUAAAUGCCGUGAAGUUUAACGUUGGCCCGGGCGUGGGAUUGAGAGGACAGUGCCGGGGAAGUUUCAGUGGGGAGGAGACUGGAGCUGUCCGCUGUGCUGAAAGGCGCACAGGGAGCUGUCCGGCUGCCGCGGUGCUGAAAUACUCCACUCGACUCCACUCAACUUGGUCCGUGUAGCUCACGGCUUGUUCCCCCGACACGAUACCAUACCAUACCAUACGAUAGAACUUUAUUUAUCCCAGGAGGGAAAUUGACUGACGAAAGGCGUGGGUACAAAGGACUUACCGCCCCCGACAACAAGAUUAAUCCGUGAAACCAUGACCCAAUCGAAUCGAAUGUGCCUUGAGCACAUGUAAUCCGUCGGAAGAAAAAAAAAAACAUGUCUCUAUUUUACUAUCUUGUCCACGGGACACGUUAUAUUCCUGUUACAACCCACCAAUAGAAUUAUCAAGGACGUUGGGAAAGAAAAAGCGGUCACUUUACUAAACUUCUUAUAAUAUAUUCCGAGCGGCCUUAAAUUUCGCGAUGGUUGCAACUGGAAUUGUUUAGGGCGACCCGCUGAUCAGAAUAACUGCACACACUCGCGGCGGGGUCGUAGCUGGCGGCAAUAUGGAGAUAAGGAAGGAACAAUUGAGGAAAUUGGCUGGUGACGGCCUGGGACGCCUGCACAGGGUGCUGGAGAAGAGACAGAAUGUGGGCGAGACCAUCGAGCUGACGGAGGAGGGGCGAGUGGUCGGCGUGGCCGAGAAGCAGAAGCCACUGCUGGACUGCACCUGUUUCGGGCUGCCCAAGCGCUACCUCAUCGCCGUCAUGAGCGGCCUGGGCUUCUGCAUCUCCUUCGGCAUCCGCUGCAACCUGGGCGUGGCCAUCGUCAGCAUGGUCAACAGCCACUCUGUCAAACGCAAUGGCAAGCUGGUCAUGGAGAAAGCCAUCUUUAACUGGGACCCGGAGACAGUAGGGAUGAUACACGGUUCGUUCUUCUGGGGCUACAUCGUUACGCAGAUUCCCGGAGGAUACAUCUCACAGAGGUUUGCUGCCAACAGAGUGUUUGGCUGGGCGAUCGUAGCCACAUCUUCACUCAACAUGCUGAUUCCCUCUGCAGCCAAAGCCCACUACAGCUGCGUAAUAUUGGUCAGGAUUCUGCAGGGCCUGGUUGAGGGGGUGACGUAUCCCGCCUGCCAUGGAAUCUGGAGCAAGUGGGCUCCUCCGUUGGAGCGAAGCCGACUGGCCACCACCUCCUUCUGCGGUUCCUAUGCUGGGGCAGUGGUGGCCAUGCCUCUGGCUGGCGUCCUUGUUCAAUACUCAGGGUGGCCUUCAGUCUUCUACGUCUAUGGAAGUUUUGGCAUGGUGUGGUACGUAUUCUGGUUGCUGGUGUCGUUCGAAAGUCCAGCCAAACAUCCCACCAUCACUGAAGAAGAGAAGACUUACAUCGAGGAGGCCAUCGGGGAAGGGGGCAACCUGAUGAACCCACUGGUGAAGUUCAAGGCUCCCUGGCGCAAGUUCUUCACCUCGAUGCCCGUCUAUGCCAUCAUCGUGGCCAACUUCUGCCGCAGCUGGACAUUUUACCUGCUUCUCAUCAGCCAGCCCGCCUACUUUGAGGAGGUGUUUGGAUUCGAAAUCAGCAAGGUGGGCCUGCUGUCCGCUCUGCCCCACCUCGUCAUGACCAUCAUCGUCCCCAUCGGCGGGCAGCUGGCGGACUUCCUCCGGAGCAAGAACCUCAUGUCCACCACCAACGUCAGGAAGAUGAUGAACUGCGGAGGUUUCGGCAUGGAAGCCACCUUCCUGCUGGUGGUAGGGUUCUCCCACACUAAAGGCGUCGCCAUCUCCUUCCUUGUUCUGGCCGUGGGCUUCAGUGGAUUCGCAAUCUCAGGGUUCAACGUCAACCACCUGGACAUUGCCCCGCGCUACGCCAGCAUCUUGAUGGGACUGUCCAAUGGUGUGGGCACUCUGUCGGGCAUGGUCUGCCCGCUCAUCGUGGGUGCCAUGACCAAGCACAAGACACGGGAGGAGUGGCAGUACGUCUUCCUCAUCGCCUCGCUGGUUCACUAUGCCGGUGUCAUCUUUUACGGGCUGUUUGCGUCGGGCGAGAAGCAGCCGUGGGCCGAGCCGGAGGAUCAGAGCGAGGAGAAGUGCGGUUUCAUCCACGAGGAUGAGCUGGCGGAGGAGACGGAGGCGGGCGGACAGGGCUACGGCAGCUACGGUGCCACCAACACCACUCAGGUCACCAACGGGGGCUGGGCCAGUGACUGGGACAAGAAGGAGCAGCUGGUGCAGGAAGAGGGCAAGGAUGUGUACAUGUACGGCAGUGCUGAGGACCGGGACCUGCCCUGAGAGAGGGGCAGCGCGCUGGUCACCAUAUCCCCCCCCCCCCCCCCCCCCCCCCCCCCCCCCCCCCCCCCACACACCGCCACUAAACCACGGCCUACCACCGCUCCCCCGCACGGGGAACUGCAGGCGCUGGAAUCCUGAGCAAAGCACAAAGUGCCGGAGGAACUCAGCAGGUCAAGCGACAUCUGUGGAUGUCGACGGGAUGGACAGACGAAGUUUUGGGCCGGGAUCCUUCUGGGAGCAGAAUUAGGCCAUUCGGCCCAUCAAGUCCACUCUGCCAUUCAAUCACUCUCCCUCUCAACCCCAUUCUCCUGCCUUCUCUGCCUCACAGCGCCAGAGACCCGGGUUCGAUCCUGACUACGGGUGCAGUCUGUACGGAGUUUGUACAUUCUCCCCGUGACCCGUGUGGGUUUUCUCCGGGUGCCCAGGUUUCUCCCCUAACAUCCGUACUAAUCAAAUAACCUUCUUCAGACUGAUUUUCCCGCUCCACUGCGGAAUCUCCUGAAAGCACACCUACUUUGAAAAGGUUCUCCCCCUCCCUCCAUCAGUCUGAAGAAGGGUCUUGACCCGAAACGUCGACUGUCCUUUACCUUCCACAGAUGCUGCCUGACCCACUGAGUUCUUCCAGUACUUUGUGCUUUGCUCAAAACUCCAGCAGCGAACCGUUUUAGUGGAGAAGACGUGUAGAAUAUUCUGUACAUAAGUAACCAAGUGUUUAACGGACUAUUUCUCCCUCUGAAGCAAGGUGUGUGUGAGUGUGUGUUUGUGUAAAGGUCCUUGUUCUGGGAGAAGUGUGAGUGAACCCUCCCCCACCCCUCGUUCAACUUGUGGCCUGGAUACCAAGCCAUCCCCCUCCUUGGCCCCUCUCGUUCAUGCUAUCCCCUCUCUUGGUCUUGGGGCCAGAGAUUCAUCACUUUUGUUAGCUGGUUGAGGCAGAGCGGUGUCUGAAGGAGGGUCCCGACCCACAUCGCCCUCUGUGGACCUCCCUCCAAAGAUGCUGCCUGACCCGCUGAGUUACUCCAACGAUGUGUGACACCGUUUGUUGAGUGAAGAUCAAGUUAUAACUGUGGUGUGGUCAAGACCCUUCUUCAGACCUUUGAAACGUCACCCAUUCCAGAGAUGCUGCCUGCACCAGCUGAGUUACUCCAGCAUUUUGUGUCCAUCUUCAGUUUAAACCAGCAUCUGCAGUUCCUUCCCACACACAGUCAUUGUAUGGCUUCAUAAAUGAGUAGUUGACCCAAUGUCCAUGAUUGGACCUACUGAACCAAGUGAGUAGAUCACAGGUCAUGGCCACAUGAUGGAACCAUCACUCAAGGAUGGGUUCCAUCUUGUAUGCUCGUGGUUGCAAUGAGUCAGUUUAAUAUGACAUGAGUGACCUACCGAGACACCGCCAGUGUGAACACAGUCUAGAGGUGAGGACCAGCUGAAAUAAAGGGAGCAGCAGACUGCUGUUACAGGGUCCAUGGGCUGCCCAAGAUGAUCAGAGAUGGACACUUCAGAAUUAUUUGCCCUCCACAGCCUCCAGUCCCGCCCUUGCCUUCUCCCCAAAA